UACAGAUUGUGGUUUCCAAGCAACCAAUUUCUGACGAAAUGUGCAGAAGCUUGUGGAUUUGUGUUGUGGGUCGUAUCCAAGAUCGUGACAGCUUGCUUUUGGGAUAGGGGGGUGGGGGGGAGGAGGUUGAUGAAACAGAACGCGAAGAAGCUCGGAUUGAUCACUAUCGUGUCCAGAAUUUGAAUUUGUUCUUCUCUCUUCAUUGCUAAAGGGAUGUGAGAUUUAAAAAAAAAAAAAAAAAAGGUUUAUUUUAUCCACUACCCCUCCGUCCCCCCCAAGAUGCUGGGCUGGGGGUGAGCUUGAGCAUGUCACGCAGGGAGCCUGCAAGGACCAUGGGGCCCAAUGCGAGCUCCAGUCAGAGCUGGGGUGUGGAGCGGGACUCGGGGAGCACCAGGGCAGCCGAGCACAGCAAUGUGAGCAGCGGCCGGGGAGCUGUGAACAGGAGCGCUGCCGCCAGCCACCCCUACAGCCCGCCGUGGUACGGAGAGGAGGACACCUACCGAGACUUCACCACAUCCGUGCAGGUUCUCAUAUUUAUCGGCUCCUUGCUGGGGAAUCUAAUGGUGUUGUGGUCAACAUGCCACACAACAAUAUUCAAGUCCGUCACAAAUCGUUUCAUCAAAAACCUGGCCUGCGCUGGAAUCUGUGCGAGUGUUGUUUGCGUGCCUUUCGAUAUCAUCCUGAGUGCCAGUCCCCACUGCUGCUGGUGGAUCUACACGUUGCUGUUCUGCAAAACUAUCAAAUUCCUGCAUAAAGUUUUCUGUUCGGUCACAGUUCUCAGCUUCACAAUCAUUGCCUUGGACAGGUACUACUCUGUCUUGUAUCCUUUAGAGAGGAAGAUUUCUGAUACAAAGUCCAGAGACUUGGUGAUCUACAUCUGGAUUCACGCAGUGCUAGCCAGUGUUCCAGUUUUCGCAGUGACCAGUGUUUCGGACAUCUAUGCCAUGUCAACAUGUAGUAGCUCACGGAGCCAUUCCUUUGGACAUCUGGCUUAUGUAAUUAUUUAUAACAUCACCACAGUGAUACUGCCCAUAGCAGUGGUAUUUUUGGUCAUGAUUCUGAUCCGUAGAGCUCUCACCGCCAGUCAGAAGAAGAAAGUAAUUAUUGCUGCAUUGCGGACUCCUCAAAACACAAUUUCAAUUCCAUAUGUUUCCCAGAGGGAGGCUGAACUGCAUGCUAUGCUACUGUCUAUGGUGCUGAUCUUUAUUGUUUGUAGUGUUCCUUAUAUAGUUUUUGUGAUUUAUCGAAUCAUUUUUAAUAUCGCUGACAUUUCUGUCUUUUUGAUGCUGACGGCAAUCUGGUUGCCCAAAGUUUCUCUGCUCACCAACCCUUUACUCUUCCUGACGGUCAAUAAGUCUGUUCGGAAAUGCCUCAUGGGGACCAUGGUCCAGCUCCAUCGCAGGUACAGCAGACGUAACAUUGUAAACUCUGAUGGCCUUGGUGAAGCCACACUUGAGCCUGGAGUUCGAUCAGGCAGCCAAUUGCUCGAAAUGUUUCACAUUGGGCAACAGCAGAUUUUCAAACCUUCAGAAGAGGAGGAGGAUAUGAAUGAGAUUAAGUCUCUCGCAUCAAAUGAAUGCCAGCAGAAAGAGUUACCGACCGCCAGUUUGGAAGUGGAGCAGACGUUAGUGGAGGCAUUAACUCCGCAGAUUAACAAUGACCUGGGGGCUGUGCCAGGAGCGGCAGCAGUACCUCCAGAUUCAGAUGCAGUUUCUGACAAGUAUGCAAUGCAGUUUGGCUUUGGCCCAUUCGAACUUCCUCCACAGUGGCUGUCUGAGACACGGAAUAGCAAGAAAAGGCUUUUGCCCCCUUUGGGUAACACACCAGAAGAACUGAUUCAAAUGACUGAAAAACAACCAAAGUUCAAAACAGAACGCAAGAUUAGUAGGAACAAUAAAGUCAGCAUCUUCCCCAAAGUGGAUUCUUAGUCCUUUGAUUUAGUCCAACAAGCA